AUGAGCUGGCCAAUGCGACCGGGAGGCGAUGCUGCAGCACCACAGUGUGGUGCUGUGGGAUGUGGUGCUGUGGGAUGUGGCGCAGUGGGAUGUGAUGCUGUGGGAUGUGUCGCUCUCCGGUGGGAGCUCUCGGAGGGCGGAGCGUUACCAGGGUGGCGGGAAAGUCCCAUCUUCUUUGCCCCGACCUACAAGUACGCAGUGGGCAGCAACCGCGGCAGCAUGAGCAGUAGCGUGGGGGGGUAUGUGAGUGAUGCGCUGGGGCUGGUGUCGUACUCGUGCGCGGAGCUGGCCUUGUCGGACCAUCGGCCCGUGGCGGCGGUGUUUGCCGUGCAGGUGGAGGCGGUGGAGAGGGAGAGGCUUGAUGCUGCUGUUGCUGUGGCGUGCCGGCAGUUGGAUGAAAGGCAGCAGCUGGCCAUCCCGCAUUGCAAGUGCACAGUGGUGCUGGUGGCGACAGUGUGCCUGUCAACCAUCGCACCAUUGCACAAUCUCGCCAUCAUGCUCACCCUGCUUGCUGCUCCCCCUCCCAUCCCUCACCCAUAUCCUUCCUCUAUAGUUUCACAAUCUCGGCACGGUCCUCGCGCGCUUCUCAACCUCUCAGCCACAUCCCCCUCACCCCCUCUUUCCCCCCUCCCCUCCCACCACCAGGUGCCCUACGCAUCUGUCAUCCGUCGCACCAUUGAACUACACAAUCUCGGCACGGUCCCCGCGCGCUUCUCCGUGGCCCUGGCAGGCAGCUCCUACGCCCCCCGUAACCCCUCGCUUCCCUUCCUUUCAACCCCCCACCAGGUGCCCUACGCGUCUGUAAUCCGGCAAACCAUCGAGCUGCACAAUCUCGGCACGCUCCCCGCGCGCUUCUCCGUGGCCCCGGCAGGCAGCACCGACACCGCUGCCCCCGGCCCUGCAGGGGGGUGCGGGGCAUGGGUGGUGGCGGAACCAGCAGCAGGGGCAGUGGCGCCAGGGCACACGGUGACUCUCAGCCUGCACACCUGGGUGGUUGUGCCGGGCAGGAGGGUGGAUCUGCUGGUGGAUCGCGGCGGGUUGCUGGAUUUGAUUCUGGUGGUCGCAAUUGCGGGCGGCCGGGACCUAUUUGUGGCAUGCUCUGGGAGCUACGUGCCGUCCUGCUGGGGCCUGCGAGAACGGCAUCUGGAGGCACUGGCAGGUCUGAAGGACCCCAUCCGCUCGCUCUCUCUCGACGCAAUCGCCACACGCCAGCGAUCUUCCCUCCACCACACCCGACCUACACCUGCUGCCGCUGCGGCUGGUAGCAUCCCAGAAGCAUCCGAAACCGACCCUGACAAUGACAAUGACUCCGCUGCUGUAGCUGGGGAGGAAGAUCGGCCGUUAGGAGCAGCGGCACGAGCAGCAGCAGGAGCAGCAGGAAACCCAUCCCAUGCAUCAGACGCAUUUGAGGUGCCCAAGGAGGUGGCGCGCAUGCUCACCUUUCUGCUGGACUCCGACCAUGACAUCUCAUCCGCCUUUGACCCCAUCGCUCUCGGCAUCGACCUUUCUCUCGACCAGGAAGACAGCACUGAGUCGACACAGUUCCUAGCGGACAAGGCAGCAACACUGGGUGCAGUAGCUCAGGAGCUGCAAAUUGCACCCACCCGUCUCGCACUUGACACUGGCACACCGUUCCCCACCGAAACCUCCCCCCUCACCAUGGCUCGUGCACUUGUGUCUUUCCUCUUAGCCCUCCCCGAGCCUAUUAUUCCGCCAAGCGUGGGGGAGGACGUGGCGCGCAGGGAGGGGUGGGCACGGGGGUCUGCAGCUACGCUGCUGGCGGAGCGGUUGGGUGCGGUGCAGCUGGGUAUGGUGGACUCGCUGCUGGCGCUGAUCCAGGCGCUGCUGCGGAACCGCAUUGCGAACCGACUUGCCAUUCAUGAGCUGGUUGCCAUCUUGGCCUACUGCCACUUUGGGCCUGUGCCGGCGUUCACAAAUGACGACAUGGGGAUUGCGACCGCCACGGAUGCAGUGAGGAUUGUGAAGAGACGGAGAAGAUUCAUGCGCCUGCUGAUUGAGGAUACUUGGCUCCGUUCCAAGUGA